AUGGACGCCAAGAUCUCUGCUCUCUCUUCCGCCGCUCCGGCCGCCGCCUCGACGACUGAGAACGCUUCGCGCCCCAAGCCCUGCUGCGUAUGCAAGGACGAAAAGGCCAAGCGCGACGAGUGCAUGCUCUUUUCCGGCGCCAAGGACCCCCAGGCCGACUGCAAGUCCUUUGUGCAGCAGUACAAGAGCUGCAUGCUCGGUUACGGAUACAAGGUCUAA